AGUCUUCACAAAAGUUCCUUGUUCCAAUAAUAUCUUACCCUCACGACGUGAUGUUGAUCUAAUAAAGUAUCUGACACGAAUUAUUUGGAACUUUUUUAUGCGGAAAAUUACAGUGCAGUUUGAGAUGUGAUAUCUGACCGAUCCUCAUGAUUGAAAGAAAACCUAAAUUAUUGUAUAGAUAACACUUAAGGAGAUUUAGUUGUGCUGCAGUCAAACCAUGUCUCGUCACGAUGGAGUAAGCUGUGAUGCGUGUCUCAAGGCAAAUUUUCGUGGGCGCCGCUACAAGUGUCUGAUCUGCUACGACUACGAUUUAUGUGCCUCAUGUCAUGAAGCCAAAGCCACUACCACUCGUCACACGACUGAGCAUCCAAUGCAGUGCAUCUUAACACAACAAGAUUUUGACUUAUUUUAUGGUGGAGAAGGUGUGGGCAAUGAACAGCCCCAGUCCCUGACAUGUCCAUUCUGUGGGCGACUGGGGUUCACGGAGCUCACAUUGAUGGAGCACACCACCGCAGAGCAUCAUGAUACUAACACUGAAGUGGUUUGCCCCAUCUGCGCCAGCGUCCCUGGGGGUGACCCCAACCAUGUCACCGAUGACUUCAACGCUCACAUCACGUUUGACCAUCGCGGUGGAGGUGGUGGAACCAGCAUGGCAUCUGCUGCUCCUUCCAGAGAACUGGAUGACAACAGCGUCAGCAGCAGACACACCACGAGCGUGCGCAGGAUGCAGUACCCUGGCCGAGGACUGGGCAGGGCUGUACCCAGACGCAACCUCACCUUUGGGAGUGUCGGCAACGGGUUGUUCCCCAGUUCUCGUGGUGAAAGUAUGGAUCCAAUAGCAGAGUUGUUAUCACAGCUCACUGGUGUUAGAAGAUCCACUGUAUCAACACGGCAGCAGCAACAACAGUGGCAUCAGCUGAGCAAUGAGGCAGAACGGCGGUCGACAAGGCGUGUUGUGGGACCGUCGUCAGGAGUAAGCAAUGCCUUACGCGGGGGCGGCUCCUCUGCCAACAAUGUCGCCCAAGCGCCAACGUCUGCCAACGGUAAUGCUGCUGGUCAAGGGACAGCCACUGCAGCGCCAAACAGUUCUUCAGCUGGUCUGCUGUACGGCAGCGUGGUAAGCAGCGGCACUGGAGGCGCCAGCGCAGAACAGGCGCGCGUUGUUGUAGAAGGAAAUGGACCUUCAGCUGCUCUUGGAAGCGCCCUGGACCCUGCCUCAUCCUCAGCAUCUACUGCAGCGUCGGGAUCUCAGUCACAAUUCCUACUUUCAAGGAUAACAGAGACCGAAGGCGAGCGCGAGACAACCGAGGAGAGUGAAGACCGCUGCUCAUUUGCUCGUGAGUUGUUGUUGUCGAUGUUGGCAGUGCAGCCUUCUUCGUCAGCAAGCCUGACUUCUAAAACAACUCCGCCUGCGCUAGAAGAAGCUCCUUCAGGAUCCAUCUCUGCUGGCGAUGGGUCUUCUGAAGCAGCUCCCACGAAUGCUGAAAAUGAAGUCACUGUCACUGUAGACGCUGCAACGCAAACGACAUCACCACCAGUCCCAACCUACUUGCCUUCUAAACCAAGCAUACCCUGCCCUCCUCAACCUCAGCAACAGCAACCAUCACUACCACCACAACAGCUCUUCAAGGGCGCUCGACCACAGAAGCUUGGCCCGGGACGCGCAAACACAACUGGCGCCAUCACGAAAGCCUCCAGUGGGGUUACUGCAGUCAAUUUUGUGUCUCUGGCCAACCGAAACUCUGCGGGUUUAGGUGGGGGUGGCAGUGCUGGCCGCAGCAGCGGCAACCCGCAUGCUGUCGGUAACGGCGGGUCCGGUAGCGCCGGCGGGAAUAACAAUCUCGAUGGCGCGCCUGGUCAAAAUCGACGUAAAAUGGUGCGAGGAAGCGCAGAAUCACGUGCUAACGAACCGCCACCUCCCCAUUAAUACUAACUAAUUAUUUCUAGUCAAGUCUUAACGUUACGCUCACACGACGCUUGCUGCCUCGCUUGUAAGAACUACAUCUCCGCGUCUUUUUACUCACUUGUUUAUUUCAAACUUCUUAUUUUGCUUGAGCUCCGAGCAUUCGGGGGCUAUGGAGUCUCUCCCACCUGAUGUCAAGCCACGUCCUUCAUUUUCUUCCUAUCUGUACCAUAGACCUCGCUUCUCCAUGAUUUAGUCAAUGACCAAUGUUGUUUAGUCGAAGGUAUUAAAACGAUUUCUUUUCCUACAGAAGUUUGAUGUUGAUUAUUUCCGUCAACUAUAAAUUUUACCUAAUAUUUCACCAACUCCUGGUCUGGGAUUGGGCUCUAUGUAAUUUAUUGUGAUGCAAUUCUACCCGCAUUUUCUUUCAUAAUUGGAAUUCCGAGAAUUCCUGGUUUGUUCAACAUUGACGUGUAUUUCAUCCCGAUUUUACUCAGUGCUUCUAUUGCGGCAUUUAUUUCACACCACUCUAAUACCUAGCGUCUAAAUUGGCUUUAUUGCUACAUAGACGUACUUCACGGGACUAUAUUUCAAUGGUUAGCUGAAGUACUCCGAAAUUGAUGGAACGAAGAGCUAUUGAUCUCGUGCAGAAUCCUGUAGUGUUAUGUCAAAUUUCUUUCGAACUAUAGUAUAAAUAUAUCCCUCGUAUUGCAGCACCAUUGUAGUAGCUUAGCUUUUACGAUUGAAGGUUUGGGUAAUCAGAACUUCAUUAUGUCUCAUCAAAACCAAAUAUCUCGUACAAAGUGCAAAAUUUAAUUAAUAAAGCUAUGAAAUUAUUUAUAACACUUCAUGGGCUACCCAUUGUUAGCGGAAAAAGUCACCCAUGAUUUAUUUAUUGGUAUAUAUGACAUACGUUUCCACAGCUGUGUUAAAUUAUUCUCAUUUAUAUGUUUAAUGAUGAACUAAUUUUCGCUUCAAAAUUUCAGUUGAGAGUCAGAUCUAUAAUUUUUUAAUAAUAUUAUGAAUAAAGUUUAUUCUUCAUUUCAUCUCUCUGCUUAUGUAUGGCUCCUUCAACUAACACCCUUUGAUUUCUUUUUUUAUCUACUAAACGAGACCAACUUUUGAACAAAUACAUAAAGGGAAUCAUACAUGGUUCAGGCAUCAUUCAAUACGUAUCUUAUCCCUUUGUUCAGUAAUGUUUUUUUUUUUUACUGUGCCCCUUCAGGUGAACUGUACUCUUGCUACGGGCUUGUUAACACCCAUGUCCUGGUAUUUCUUAUGAACAUCUUCUAUUGUUCGAUGGUAAACGAUUGAUGUCUGCUCGUGAAAAUACUUCUUGAAUAUAACAAGUUUUUGCGGUUAUUAAAUAAUGUCCUCGUAGCGUCUCUGGCUAAGUUUAGUCAAGGGUCUAGGGAAUGGGACACUUUGAUCAAUAUCGUUUCACUUCUUAAUUAAAGAGCACUUCUGUUAGGGAAAGCAUCUGUGAGGCUUAAAUAUGGCUCGCUGUGUCAGGAAAUGAGUUGAGUAAAUAGAGAUUUUUAAAAUUUUGACGAAUAUGUUUUUUUUUUUUUGGCGGCUUAGUGGUGAUGGCGGCUUUGCUGUAUUUUUGGUAUCAAAAAUAUGUUAAUUUUUGUAAUUAAUAAUCUCGUCUACAGUCACGUUCGCGCUUGACACCUACUAAUACUACUACUUUCACGUUCGCUCCUUUAUGGUUGUUGAGUACAUUUCAUCUCGUCACUUCUUGAACUAUUUAGUCUUAGCUCUGUUAUGCAUCAUCUUGAUAUUGCUGGAAAAUUUUGUUUAUUGAAGUUUUUAGGAUUAUCUUCCAUAAAGUUGACUCAUGAUUUGCAGUGUGGGAAUUGCUGUGGGAGCCUCGCCUCAGGCCGCUGAUUAACGUUACUUGAUCGCUUCAUGGUAAUUUCAACGUGGCGUCUCGAUAUUCAGUGCAUCUAGAAAUGGGAUUUUUCUCCCUUAUUUGUUAUAUGAUAAGAAUUGCGAUUUCUUCUAUUUGUUAUACCCUUCAAACUUCUGACGCCGCUGCUACCGUUACUGCUGACAUAUUGAAGUGAACAGGAAUUUGUCGUGGCCAUUCAAGCUAUGGUAUUACACGCUGAACAACAGAGCAAUAUUCAGUUCGAGUCAGCGGUAGCAGCGUGUUCCUAAAUCCUUGUUGAAAUAUAUUUAUUUAAUCUGCUCUGUUUCAUCAUCUAUGCGAGGCACUGCUGUGUCAUGCGUCGCAGUUACUCGCAAUUGUUCUGAUAGGGCAACAGCGAGUUGGUGAUCUAAUUUGAAGUUAUAUUUCUAUCCUGCAAUUGAAACUAUUUAUUACCUUACGAAGGUAUUCGAAUCCAUUACCAUCAUUAACACUAAUUUUCUCAUUAUCUUGCACGUGUAAUAAUUUUUGUAGGAAUUCGAGUGAACGCUUGCACUUUUCGGGCCGCUUUUCUUCUCUCUAUUUGCGUGACCGUUGACCCGUUGUCAAAAUGAUAUCGCUAUCGUCAAUGGCACUUGAGUCGCCACCUAUUAAGCAUUGCUCAGAACUCGUCGCUCGUCAAUGAAAAGAUUAUAAUUCUGCAAUUUGUACUGCUUUAUUCCCUUCUAAGAAUUACUGUGCUAUUUAGGUCUUGCAAUAAAGAUUUGUAUUGAAGGCUGGCAACCAAUGUACUAAGGUGACUUGGGUGUCAUUAACGGUAGUGCAGCUGAGGACGUGUUUCAGGUGUUUUAUUGUGGUUAUAUUUCCAGUUUAUGUGAACGAAGAGCCUACGUGUUCUUGGAAGAUUGGCAUUUGUUGUCUUCGUAUUUGAAACUAAAUACACAUGUUAAUAGGUCAGUAAUCGAGAAAGUGUUUGAAAGCCAUCAAAAUCAAUGUAAAAGUAAUGACAAAAUUAUUUCAGAACGCGUGGCUUAUGCUUAGUUGCACAUUUAUCCUGUGCACCAUUAGCAAAUCAACACGAGAUUAUAAAGAUAAGACUUUAAUUUAUUCUCGUAUUCGCUUCAUUUUUAUCUCUGGGAAGCCUUUUGCGGCAAAAAGUUUGACAUCAGUUUCUAUAUUUUCUGGGACAACUGUACCUGUGAGCCCUGUACAUGCUCGCGAGCGAUCUCUUUUAUCCGGUUAGGUAUUCGGGUCCAGAUUCAUUACAGUUUCAGAGAUGUUACAAAGUGCGAUUGACCGAACUUUAAUAAAUUCGGUGAAUCUGCUCCAAGGGUAAAAAGAUGCCAGGCAAUCGUAAAACCAUCGGAUGUGCAACACGAUACAAGCGUGCGUACGAGAAGUAUCGGAACCAUUCACCCUCUGCAUUCAAUAGUUUCAGACAUAGAAUGUUCUUUUGAGCUUUGGGCUGCUCUCGCAUACUCUAUUGCGUAAAGUGUUUUUGGUGUUACCUUGUCUAUUUACUGUCCCUUGAGACCGUCUAGCUUUCCGGACGUUCCCGACUUGCCAUAAGUUUAAGAUUUACAAAGCGAUAUUUCUGAAACGAUGUUCACGAACCUUCUGUCGAGGGGCUAGCUUUGAAGAGUCUUCAGAGCUCCUUUAACUUCAAAUAAGAGACAGAGAAGGGCCUUCACGAACCCACUAUGGCGGUGGUGCUUUCAUAUAGUUGUCGAUUCUGAUGUAUUUUGUAAAGAUCUUCGAGACCAGGAAACGAAGCAUUAUGUCUAGAAAGUUACACUUGAUAUAAUCUUUUUUUCUCGCGCAUGAAUACGUUUCAGUUUAGUCAUCUUUCGACGUCUCGACUGUCGAAAGUGUUUGAGCGGCUUCAUGCCAGUAUAUAUUAUCUCUUAGCUGUGCUGUUACAUAGAAUUUUCGAAUGUUUGCUGCGCUGAGAGACAUGACUCUCGCCUGCUCGGUUGUUGUUCUGAAGUACAGUGUGUAUAUUGCUAGUGUACAUAGUUGCAGAGUGACUCUGUAUGAUCCUCCAAUAUAUGCUAAAGUAUCA